CUUUUACAUCUUCUGAAACUGUGUACUGAAACUGGAUGUUGAUGUCGGAGAUGAGAAAAACAGUGCACAACAGAAUAUAGAUUGACAUAUUAAUCAUGCAGCAGUUAGCAACUUCUGAUACCAGCGUAGGAAAGCUACAUCCUUCCCAUGAAAGCGCAGGUGCUGUUCAGAUGAGGAUCAAAAGUCCCAGCAACAUCCAUGACAGAUCCAGCCAAAGCAAAUCUCUGAUACUCUCUGAGAAUCUGAAAGUUAUUGAGCCUCUAUCUCGUCAUAGAAGGAAUCAUUCCCAACAUAAUAUACCACAUCCUGACUGCAUUGGCCCAUUGGAACAAAUGAUAAUCAAAGAAGGUUAUCUUCUAAAAGCUAAAAUUGCAGAUGAAGGCAAGAAGCUAAGGAAAAACUGGACUUCUUCUUGGCUUGUUCUCACUGGUCGGAAAAUAGAAUUUUAUAAAGAAUCCAAACAGCCAGCUGUAGCCAAUCUGAAAGGGUCCAAAUCUGAAUGGCUGGACUUGUGUGGAGCUCAUAUUGAAUGGACUAAGGAGAAGUCUAGCAAAAAAAAUGUCUUCCAGGUCACAACAGUUUCAGGAAAUGAGGUCCUUCUUCAAUCAGAUAUUGACUUCAUCGUAUCGGACUGGUUCCAUGCUAUCAAAAAUGCAAUUGACAGAUUGCCUAAAGAGAAGAGUUACAUAUCAAAGAGCAAUGAGCUCAAAAUUCAAAGAUCUUCUAGUUCUGAAUUACUGGGUUUCCAUGCUGACAGUAAGGAACCAAAAACAGAAAAUAGAAAGUCUUUAAUUUUCAGGCUGAACUACAGCAAGUCUGAUACAAAUGACAGAAGCCAAGUUAAAAGCAGAUUAAAGAAGUUUAUCACUCGAAGACCUUCUCUAAAAACUUUGCAAGAAAAGGGAAUCAUUAAAGAUCAAAUUUUUGGUGCUUAUCUGCACAAUGUCUGUGAACAUGAUGGCUCUACUGUCCCUCAUUUUGUUAAAAUGUGCAUAAAGGCUGUUGAAGAACGAGGUCUGGAUGUUGAUGGAAUAUACAGAGUCAGCGGCAAUCUGGCAACGAUACAGAAGUUACGAUUUGUUGUCAAUCAGGGUAUAGUUCAACUUAAAGGCAAAAGACCAAACAAUCAUUUGGAGAAGGAACAGCCUAUAUUCCUGGCAGUUUCUUAA